AUGAACGGGUCCAACGCCCCCGUCAUCACAAACGCCCUCGUCGCGUGGCCCCCACCGCCGUCCUUUGCGCGUUUUGGAGGCUCACCGCCGUCGUCGGCGCGUCCGCGUCUCUCCUACGCGCAGCCUAGGUCAUCUCAGCCUGCAUCCCCCUUUGGCUCCCCACCACUCGUCGCAACAACGCUCCCGGGGGCCCUGCCGCCCUUGUCGUUUCCAGGCGCGUCGCCGUUGGGAGGCUAUGGCCUUCCUCGAGCAAGUACCGACGACCUCGACUCGCCUGGCGCCGGCGCGUCCACUCCAUCCCGUGCAUUGUCACUUAAAGGAAAGGAGCGCCAGCGCGACUACCCUUCCCCGAAAGCACCUCUCUCGCCAGCCCAGCUGGCCAGGAUCGCAUCGAGCUUUGGCAUCCACGUGCCUGCCAUCUCCGACGCAAAUCGAAAGGACUUGUCGCGCUCUUCUUCACCCGUAAUUUCCGUCACUGGCGCAGUCGGCACCGGCGCAUCCACUGUGCCAGGCCACGUUGUCGCUGUCAUCCCCCCCGUCUCCUUGUUAGCACCUGUCCCCGGGGCAGAUGCAGCGUCGGAGCGCGAACGCGCGCGCCGGUGGCGCCGUGGACGCCUCGUCCCGCUCCAGCCCACGCUUGGCGCCAUGUUGGUUGCCAUCGCACGAGAAUUCGGCCUGCCGUCAACACAAGGCGUCAACGUCUAUCUGGGGACAGAUGGCGGUCGCGGCAGUAUCAGCAGCGCCGACGAUGAGCCUGGACCGCAAAUCACCCCGGCAACCUGGACUACGCUGUUUGCGCAUGCUGCGUCGACUACGUCGGCAUCGCAGCGCGACCCAUCCGAAUCACCCACCUCGACCCCUUCUUCAACCCCACGCAAACAUCCACGGACAACGUUUGGCGGCAUGAUGUCCACGAGCACCGCGACUCGCCAGCUGCCACAACAUACAGCCAACAAGUCGCUGAGCUCAGCAGAACAUGAUGACGAGGGCCCGUCGCGCUCGUCGUCGUUGCAAUCCAGUUCUGCGUCGUCGUUUUCACCACGCACACCCGUGUCGCUGGGCGCACUGUCCUCGUCGCUGCCCGUGUUUGGGACCGUCGAGUUUGACAUUGACCCCCAACAGGCUCACUGGCUCGACGACUGGAUGCGCUCGGGCGGUCCAGCACGGCGUUAUGGCGCUGGCGUCGAGGUGCUGGCUGUCCGCGAGCUGACGCUCGUGGAGCGCUUGAACGACCCACGACCAAAGUUUAUGCGUCAAAUGGAAGAGGAGCGCGAACGUGCAGAGCGUAAAGCUGCCGAACGCGAGGCCGCCGCCCAGCGUGAGGCCCUGCGGCUCAAGGCCGAGCAAGAAGAAGCUGCCCGCGACGCUGCGCGCCUGGUCGCCGAGCAAGAAGAGGCUGCGCGAGAGGCUGAAGAGGCUGCACGAGAGGCUGAAGAGGCUGCACGAGAGGCCGAGGCGGCGGCAGAACGCGACGAGCAAGAGGCUCAACGGCAAUUGGCAGAGUCGGCCCAGAUCACCCAGUUUGCUCUGGAUAAUGAUAUGAUCCGUUCUUCCAUCGUUGAGCCUAGCAACGACAGGGCCGUCGACCUCGAGAUUGACGUGGCUGCCAGCCGCUUCCCCAAACCUCCCCAACUCCUCCCCCUUCGCGAUCUCGCGUCCCCCAUCACCCUCAGCCACUCGACGUCUGGAGGUUUGCUGUCCCCAGCCUCCCCGCUCAGCUCUGGCGGCGGCAACAUGGACCACCGCGCAAGCGGUAUCGUCAUGGCCGACCAGCUCAACACUCUUGAGAAGAUGAUGCGCGACCUGUCUCCGCGCGAGAUUCGCUAUAAUGGACGAUCGCCAACGUCCCCAGGCAAGGACGGAAAGUCGCCCACACCGAUCAACCUCAAAGAGUUGCCCCAGCGGGGAUCAAGCCGCCUCCCUUACCUGCAGCCCGACGGUGCGCAGCUGUCGAGGAACGGCACCGAGUCUACCACCCGCACCCAUGGGUCGACUUCAGCCGACAACCCCACCUCGCCCGACCGUGCCGCCUGGCCUGCUGUGCCCUUUUCGUCCAUCCAGUCGCCCGAUUCGCCCGGCCUGCAAGAGUAUUUCAACAAGGGUGCCGUGUCCCCCGAUGUUGUGGUCAGCCCACCCGCAGGCAAGGGUGAGAAUGGCAUCUUUGCGCGUGCCCAGGCAUCCGAGUCGGCCUCGCGGUCGCUCACUGCCGAGCGCGAGCGUGAGAUGCGUGAAGCUCGCCGUGAACGCGCCGAGCGGGACCGUAUCGUGCGCGAGGAGCGUGCCAACGCUGCUGGCGGAGCCGCUGCCGAGCGCCCCAAGUCGGUCGCCCCCAGGCGUCCUGCGCGUCCUCCGACUCCCGACCUCACGACCCCGGACCUGCCCUCACAUGUCCUGCCCGCCGAGCUCGUGGACGCGAUCAAGAACUCGCCCUCGCCGGUCCUGCCCCCGGUCCCUGUUCUGUCCAGCCUGCCCGGCCUGCCAUCGCGCGCGCCCUCGAGCCGCGCGCGCCGUAUCUCCGCCAAGGUGCUCCGCCCCAAGGAGCGCGCACACGCGUACGUCGUCGCCAACAGCCGCGACGGCGUGCCCCUCCCCGGUUCCGGACAUGGACCCAACCCGCACAGCCGCGAGAGCAGCAGCCAGUCGGCCGACGAGCCCAUUGGGAUCCUUCCAGGCCUCCCGACAUCGUACCGCUCCCCGCCGACCAUCCUGAGCGAGAUUGGCGCCAUCGAGGAGAUUGUGCCCAUGCAAACGGGCACCAGCGUGUCUGCUGCUCCCAUCCCCGCCGGCGCGCGGGGAUCGACGUCUGGCGCUCCAGGCGGCAACACCGACAAGCACGGCCACGGGCCCGGGUUCACGUCGCGGUUCUUCAGCUUUGGCAGCAAGCGCCGGGACGAGAACGCCGCCGCUGCCGCCGCCGCCGCCGCUGCUGCUGGUACCGCACCCAGCGGUGCCGGCGGCGACAAGCGCCUGACGAUCCAGCACAUCUCGGCCCCGCUGCCCACGUCCGUCAAGCACCACCAGGUCUCCGCCGCUGACCUGGGCAUGGGCAUGGGCAUGCCCUCGUCCGCGUCGGCGUCCACCUUGGCCUCCAUGGCGCCCGCGCAGGCACCCACGGCCACGACCACGGCCACAAGCGCCGCGACCCCGUCCCCCGGCUCGCUCACGCCCAACGACACCCACCGCGCCAGCCUGCCCAACUCGCCCACGAGCCUGCGCAACGUCCGCCGCAAGCCCGUCCCGGGCGUCGAGGGCCAGCGGGACAGUGUCGACAGCGCGAGCCCCCAUCGUCCGUGA